AUGGCACGGAAACAGCCUGCUCGGGGCGCGGAAUUGCUGGAGGUGAGGGAGGAUCUUGGCGCAGCGAGGGAUGUGGCGGCUGGAGCGGAGCGGAGAGAGCGCAGCGCGGCGGAGCAGCAGGCACAAGCGGAGCUGUGCGGCCGGUCGCUCUUAACACCGAGCGGCGGAUCGGCGGCGACGGUGGCCGAAGCCUGGCCUUGGGUUGGCAACGAUGAUGGCGGCGCGCGGAAGAAGCGGAAGAGUUUCUGCAGCGCGGAGCCGUUCGGUUUUCCGGCGCUGCUGCGGCCGCGUCCCCGGAGCGACUCGGAUUCAGCGUGUCUAACAUCAGCGACGUCGCCGCCUCAGCGGCGGCGCCUACCACCCGUUGCCUCCUCUGCUGCUACUACUAGCAGCAGUACUACCUGCGCGACGGCCAUCCGUCAGUCCGGGAUGACAGCUGACGCGUUACUGCCUGCGAGGCCUGAGGUUCUCCCUCAAUCCGUCAAUCCCGAGCAUGUUUCCACCCCCGACUCGCGGCAUCCCCCUUACAGUCACUCGCCUCCCCAGCCACCGCUAUCCCCGCUACUCGCGGCCUCCUCGUCGCGCCUCUCGCUCGUUUCCACCCCGCAAACCACGCUCCACCUCGCAACGGCCACCGCACCCCACACCGCGACCACCACCCCUACCACCCCUAGCACCCCAACCUACCUGACCGCCCCGCAUCGGGGGCACAAUCAUGAACUCCCAGCUAGGAACCCGUUCGGAUCCGCACAACUUCCGAGAAAGCUGGUCAUUCCCCCAUUCCGCCCGCCGCAGUUGCGCUUCUCGCGGCCCUCCUCCGCCGUCGCGUCGUCAUGGGACGUCCCUCCAUUCUCCUCGAAGCGCCAGUGUCUUCCCGCGCGGAACGCGGGUGCGCGCGGAGGUUCCGCGCGUGGGGAAGCGCUGGGCGGGGGAACGAGGGAGGGGGGUGGGGAAUGUAUGGGAGGGGUAUGGGAAACGUGUGGGGACGAGGAUGGGGAGGGGGGCUGGUUCGAUGGGAGUGCCCUGGGGGUCACAUGGGGGGAAUGUGAUGGACGGAAGGAGAGGGAGGGGGGCGGGGCAGGGGAAGCGGAGGGGGAAGUGGAGGGGGGGGUGGCAAAGCCUCCAUCUCUCCGCCCUCCGUCCCUUCUCCCUCCAUUCCAUGCGGUUGUGUCCCUUCGCGCACACGCCAUCGCGUCUCUCACUAUUCCUGCUGCCGUGCGGACUGCCUGA